UGCGGCGGCUGAAAGUAAACAAGCCGUAUUAAAAUAUAAAGCAAUUCAAAUAUCAAUUUAUAAGGAUUUACAGCAUCACUUUGAUUUUUGGUAUCCACUUCCAGAAUUUGUUCCUUUUAAAAAACGUGUUAAAAGUUUUAAAAAUGUCAUUCAUCAAGAUAAAUAUAUAUCAGAAUUUUGUUAA